AUGCUUGUUGGCACAAAUUUGUGUAAUAUGAACUCUGGGAUGUUUUUCGGGUACAAUAUGCAAAACCAGCUGGUGAACAUUGGUGUUGGGCAGAGACAGGGCUCUUCGCAGGGCGGGAGCGUGGCGGGGACGGCACCCGCGACACCAGUUCACGGUCAAACUGAAGGAAAGCGGUCCCCGCAGACCCCUUCGGAGCGCACGGGGGCGCCCCCUGGCGCGGGGAAAGACGCCGUCAAACUAUUCAUUGGGCAGAUACCGAGACACCUCGAGGAAGAUGACCUACGUCCGAUGUUCGAAGAGUUCGGCAAGAUUUAUGAGCUGACCGUACUUAAGGAUAAGCACACUGGGAUGCAUAAAGGUUGGUUGUGA